ACCAAUCACUACCACCCACUCUCUUUAAUUCCCGUUCACCAUAAAAACCCACUGCCCCUCCUCCCCGCCCACUCCGCCCAUUCCGCCCAAUUCCCAGUGCCACCGCUCCCUCCAAAGCAAUCAUGACCUCCAAAUCGCCUUCAACUAAUUUGGCUAUGUCAUGCGCCCUGGCGCUGCUCUUCCUGGGCUUGGUGACCUCAAACGUAGACCAGGACAGAGCCGAGUGCACAGACCAAGUGGUCGGGCUAGCGACUUGCCUGCCGUACGUGGGCGGCGAGGCGAAAGCGCCCACACCUGACUGCUGCAGCGGCCUCAGGCUUGUGGUUCAAAAGAGCAUGAAAUGUCUCUGCGUGCUGAUAAAGGACCGUAAUGACCCGACUCUGGGACUCAAAGUGAACCUUACGCUCGCUCUUGGACUACCUAAUGUAUGCCACACCCCGGCCAAUGUAACAGAUUGUAUCGGGCUUCUCCAUCUGCCACCCAACUCCGCCGAAGCCAAGGAUUUUCUGGGGCUGAGCGCCAAGGGAGCAAAUGUUACAUCUGCUCCCGCUGGUAACGAUACUUGUUAAUUUCUUUUAGAGUAAGAACGAGAAACAUAAAUGAUUAGAGCGAGUAGCAAUCCCACACAAAAGCCUGAAGUAAAAAAUGACGGUGGAAUGAGAAAACAAUGGGUGGGGGUCGAGAUUUUUAUUUCAUGUAUUGUUCUAUUCACUUCUAUUUGGUAGUGUACC